AUGAUUGAUAGCCAUCAAGGGCCUGAAGGCAAACAGCAUGUCAUCUUUCCAAGAACCCAAGGCACGAAACUUCCCGAGGUCAGUCAAGUCUCGCUUCCUGGCAUCAAAAAGCUAGAAAAGGGCAAAAGGAUCAAUAUUUGGUCGUGGAAAAGAAGUGUCCACAGCACCCUUAUACAACUCAAGCUGGAAGAUGUCAUUGAUACCAAGAUCCCAUGCCCAUUUGAGAAUGAUCCCAACUACGAACGCUGGAGAGCUUGGUCUACGGUCGUCAGAUGCUGGUUGUUAAACCAAUUGGAUCCCGACGUGAUCGAGGAUGUUGAACAAUUUGGCAGACAUGCCGAAGCAGAAGUUGACUUGGAAGACCGGCUUCCACGCUACGCAGACAAUCUUUACACUCUCAUCAGCAAAGCAUUCAUGGCUGGCGAGGAGUAUGCGAGGUCCAAUGCUGCAAUCGCCAUUCGUAGAAUUCGCCGAGAGAAAUUUGACUCCGUAGAGGAGUACAUCGAGGAAUGGAGAAAAGCGAUUAUCAAACUACGAGAGCAGGCCAUUUCUAUCCACGCCUAUGUUGCGAUCAAGUUGAUGUUCCUUGACCUGCAAGAUGAGAUGCCGAUGACUAUCAACAUGCUGGAGGAUAAAAUUGACCCCGAGAGCUCUGUUACCCAUGAUCGCUUCGUUGGGAUUUGCAAUGAGAUCAUUGCAAAGUCUAAGAAGUCACUGGACGAAAAUACCCCAGUGUGUAGUUUAGCUUGA